AUGCAGAAGCAGAGUGAAGAGUUACGUGCAGAGUGCAGCACGUGCUGCCAGUUUGCUUAUCGCCAACCGUCUGAGUCGGUAAUCAGCAGCCCUGCCCCAAGCUUUCCGUGGGAAAGGGUCGGAAUAGAUCUGUGCGAACACUCGGGGGCUUCGUACUUGGUAGCGUACGAUGCAUAUUCGAAUUAUCCGGAGGUGGAACGCUUGGUGCAGACGUCGAGUGAAAGCAUCAUGCUAGCAAAGCACGGCAUCCCGCUGGAGAUACACACCGACAGGGGCCCCAGGUUUCCGAGAGCGAAUGGUCUGGCCGCAAAAGGGGUGCAGGUGGUCAAACGCCCCCUGAAGAAAACGAAGCACGCCAGGGAGGCGUUCUGGGUGGCUCUUCUGAACUAUCGUCUGUCGCCCCUGGAGGGCGGCCAGAGCCCGGCUGAGGUACUGAUGGGGAGGCGGCCCCGCGGACGCCUACCAGAUUUCGCUGUUCAACCUGCAGCAGAGGUGAAGAAGCACAUGCAGAAACCCAGAGCUGGCACCUCGCUCCCUGUCUUGGACAGGGGAGGCACCGUGCGAAUUUUGGAUGACUCCGGGUGGACAGUCAAAGCCAAUAUUCAGGACCGCUUCGAUCCCCGGUCUUACGUGCUCCGGACCGAGGAGGGGCGCACCCGAAGACGAAACAGGCAGCACAUCCGCAAAACAAAUGAAAGGUUCAUGCUGCGUGGCACGGAAGAGGAAUAUGAAGGCAACUGCCUUGCGUGGGAUGCAGGAAAACCACAGCCAGCAGAAGAAAAUCCUCCACCAAGCAGUGUCGUCCAGCCAUGCUCAACCAGAGAAAGCAUGGGUGACAGUCCAGAGAUGACGCCAGCUGCCGAAAAUGCCACACCAUCAACCGCUGUUCACUAUCCGACUCUGAUGCAGGUCAUAGCACCCGAGCAACUUGGAAACCAGACCAACAACCAAGGAACAGAUGAGACGUGCAAUGAUACAGGACCGCCUGUUAGAAAAUCGACUCGCAACAAGCGCCCGCCAGUGAGGCUUUCAUACGCAAAGGAUUUUCAACAAAUUGUCUAG